AUGGACCUCGACAACAGCACGACGCCGGAAGAGAUCCCCGACCAUCCGCCGGCCGGCCAGGUUCCGCGAAACCCCACCCUGUUCUACUGCAGCGCGCCACGCUGCGGCAAGUUCUUUAACCGCAAAGAGCACCUGACGCGGCACAUCCGAUCAUCGCACAGCUCGCAGCCCAAGCACGAGUGUCCGAUCUGCGGGCGACGCUAUGCGCGCAGCGAUGUGCUCAAACGCCAUGUCGAGAACCACCCGCAGAAUCCGCAUCCGCGACAGCCCCGACUCUCGCCCUGCAGCGGCUGUGCAGAGCGCAAGACCAGGUGUGAUGCGGGCAUUCCGUGCCAGCCGUGCACCCGGGCACACACGGAGUGCAUCCGCUGGACGGCAGGGUUGCCCGAAACGGCCGUUGCUGGGACGCAAGCGGUCCUCUGGGAAGACGGCAAUGACAGCAAUCAACGGCAGCAGCAGCAACAGCAGCAACAACAACAGCAACAACACUCGCCAUGGUCACUGCUACCGGGCGUCCCGCUUCAACACCAGACUGUGCACACGCCCGACAGCGGCCUGGGCCUGGGCGCCACCCAGCAGCAGCAGUCACAGAGCUUUGCGUCUUCCGGCUCACCAAGCGCCCCGGCCGACCUCUCGGGCCUCGACCUGCAGACACCAUACGAUCCCUCGGCGCUGCAGCGGCUCAUACAGACGUAUUUUUCGGUAGUUCAUCCGUUAUGGCCCAUCCUGCACCGGCCGACAUUUCGUGUGGACGAGUGCAGCCCACUGCUCCUCAAGAGCAUAAUACUGCUGGCCAGCCUGAUGGAGGAUGGCUAUGAGCAUUCGAGCAUGGGCCCCAUGGUGUUGAGCUCCGUGUUUGCCUCCCAGCUUAUCGGCGACGCCUGUAGUACAAUGCUGUUCCGCGGGCUGUGUCUCAACGGUUACUUAAUCGCGGCCUGCCGACACCAGCAGAUACUGAGCGGCCGUCAUGAGCACCCCGGACUGCAGGACAAGGACGCACUCGAAGUGUGGCUCGCGCAGGAGGAGCGCAACAGGCAAGACUUGCCGGCGAAUGACUGGACUGCGGGAGUGUGCUGA